UAAAUUGAGUUUGCCAUCACCUCCCCCUCGCCACAACGAUCCGUUCGAACCCUUCCCUGAGCGCAGCCAUGACCGGCGAUGCCCGCGCCAUCGCCGCAGCAGGCUGCCACCGCGGGCUCGCGUGGCCAGGCCACCUGGAGCUGCCGCCGGCCCAGCCAACUCCUUGGCUGUGCGCGCGCUCCACCAGGGACGGCUCGGCUGGCCCCGCCGCGCUCGGCCGACGCCGGCGAGCCCCGGCCAGGAAAGGCCGAUCCCCUUUCCCUGUACGUUCCAAGGAAGAAGACGAUGGACCAAUCUGCAAAUUCCAGAACAGCAGGGGGGUAAGUGAAGGGUUUGUGACUCUUGUGAAUAGUGCUGAAAGGGCAUAUGUGCUGAUGUGUAGGCACGUUUGUUUCAGGGACCUGGGUGAAAGUUUGUUGUUCCCAUUUUCGGUUUUAUAUCUCAGAUUUUGUGCUGAAGUUUGAAAAUUCAUAGAAAAUCGUAGAAAAAUCGUAAAACGUUAAAUGAGGACUUUUUGGAAUCCUUGUGAAAUUCUCUAUGCCAUGGAUAUCUAAGUUGGAAUGUUUCAGUG